UUGGAAAUGGGAGAUGUAUUUUUCUAAAUAUUUGGCGACCCAGAUGUUUGUGGUCUGACGGAACACUUUCUGGGACAAAACUUCUAGCGUUAGAGAGUGAGACGUCAGGAAGAUAGUGAUCAGAAGAACAAAUAACUAUUAAAAAAUAUACAUUCAUUUUCCUAAUGUUGACAGUUGCUAAAUGCAUCUUUUUCUCAAUUAUUCCGUGAUUUCUAACAGAGUAAGGAUCCAGGAUCAGGGCAGGCAGGGGACCUGGACGUGCAGCCAAGCCCACCAAGGAUGCACUGAGCUGGGGAACAUCUGCUAAGGCCUCCCCCUAGCACUGCCAUGGCAUCUGACCCUUCACCCCCAAGCCCCGCCCCUCUGGGCUCCCAGGUCCACGCAGCCGCCGUCAACGGAGACCGGAGCGUCCUCCUCAGACUCAUCACAGUGGAUCCCUCCCUGCGUGACCGUGAGGACCAGUUUGGGCGUACCCCACUGAUGUACUGUGUCCUGGCUGACCGUCUGGACUGUGCUGAGACACUGCUGAAGGCGGGAGCCUCUGUUAACAAGACUGACCAUAGCCAACGUACUGCUCUGCACCUGGCAGCACAGAAGGGGAACGUGCGGUUUCUGAAGCUGCUCCUGUCUCGUCGUGCUGAUUGGCUGCAGAAGGAUCUAGAGGAGGUAACACCCCUACACCUGGCGACCCGUCACCCCUCCCCCAAACCCCUGGCCUUGCUGCUCAAACACAUAGGACCUGGAGAGGUGGAUACACAGGACAAGAACAAGCAGACUGCGCUCCACUGGUCAGCGUUCUAUAACAGGCCAGAGCACGUCAGACUGCUCAUCAAACACGACUCCAACAUUGGCAUCCCAGACAGCGAGGGCAAGAUCCCCCUACACUGGGCUGCACACAGCCAGGAGUACACCGCUAUACACACCGUCCACUGCAUACUGGAGGCAGCUCCUACCGAGUCUCUGUUGAACUGGCAGGACUAUGAGGGGCGCACGCCUUUGCACUUUGCUGUCGCCGACGGCAACGAGGCAGUGGUGGAGGUGCUGACAUCGUAUGAAGGCUGCAGUGUCACGGCGUACGACAACCUGUUCAGAACCCCGCUGCACUGGGCUGCACUGCUGGGACAUGCCAAGAUAGUGCAUUUGUUGUUGGAGAGGAACACGUCAGGCACCAUCCCCUCAGACAGCCAUGGGGCCACACCUCUACACUAUGGAGCUCAGAGCAACUACGCUGAGACGGUGGGUGUGUUUCUGUCCCACCCCUCUGUGAAAGACGAGCCAGAUCUGGAGGGCCGCACAGCGUUCAUGUGGGCUGCUGGCAAAGGAAGCGAUGAUGUCAUACGCACCAUGCUGACACUCACGCCUCACAUCGACAUCAACAUGGCCGACAAGUACGGAGGCACUGCGCUGCACGCGGCCUCUCUGUCAGGUCAUGUGAGUACAGUGAGGUUGCUGUUGGAGAGAGGAGCCAUAGUGGACAGUCUAGACGUGAUGAAACACACACCUCUGUUCAGAGCCUGUGAGAUGGGACACCGCCACAUCAUCCUCACACUUAUCAAAGGCUCUGCUCGUGUCCACCUGGUGGAUCUAGAUGGACACACUGCUCUGCACUGGGCAGCUCUGGGGGGGAACGCUGAAGUCUGCCAGUUGCUGAUGGAGAAUGGGAUCAGUCCUAACGUCCAGGACCAGGCAGGCAGGACUCCUCUCCAGUGUGCUGCUUAUGGAGGGUACAUCACCUGUAUGGCUGUACUACUCAUGGAGAACAACGCCGACCCUAAUAUACAGGACAAAGAGGGCAGGACAGCUCUCCACUGGUCGUGUAACAAUGGCUAUCUGGAUGCUGUGAAGCUGCUGCUGAACUCUAAUGCCUUCCCCAACCACAUGGAACACAACGAGGAGAGGUACACCCCCCUGGACUACGCUCUCCUAGGGGAACACAGUGAGGUGACUCAGUACAUGUUGGAGCAUGGAGCUCUGUCUAUAGCAGCCAUCCAGGACAUCGCUGCUGCUUCCAUCCAGGCCCUGUAUAAAGGAUACACCGUCCGCAAGGCCUUCACCGAGAGGAAACAACUACUGAUGAGACACGAACAGCUACGCAAGGACGCAGCCAAGAAACGCGAGGAGGAGCAGCGGAGACGGGAGGCGGAGCAGCAAAUCUCAUUGGCCAGAACAGAGAAACAGAGGAUGUUAUUGGCCCGCGCUGAACAGGAGCAGCUGUCAUUGGCUGAGACUAUGAAGGAACUGUCAGUGUAUGAGAGAGAGGCAGGGGGCGGGGCUAAUACAGCCUCCAAAGCAGAACAGAUCAAUAGCAAAGAGGAGACACGGAAACAUAGAGCACAUAGAAGCAGACCCUUCAGGAGAGGGAAGGAGGCACAGCCAGCCAAAGACCCUGACCCCGUGGUGACCCCUCACCCCUCAGUGACCUCUGACCCCAUGCCCCCUGCCCAGGGGUCUAGGGUCAGGGAGCGUCUCUCUCCUGCAGGCUGCAGCCGACCCCCCAGCCCAAAACACAGACCCCCCACCACACCCAGGACCAAGAGACUCACCUCUGCAAACACACACACUCCCUCCAACACACACACUCCCUCCAACACACACACUCCCUCCAACACACACACUCCUUCCAAAACACACACUCCUUCCAACACACACACUCCUUCCAACACACACACUUCCAACACACACACUCCCUCCAACACACACACUCCCUCCAACACACACACUCCCUCCAACACACACACUCCUUCCAAAACACACACUCCCUCCAACACACACACUCCUUCCAAAACACACACUCCUUCCAAAACACACACUACCUCCAACACACACACUCCUUCCAAAACACACACUCCUUCCCACACACACACUCCAUCCAACACACACACAUCUACUCGCCCCACCAUGGAUCAAGAAGCCCCCAGCACCAGGGAACGCACCCCUAGAAGCAAGAGAGAUACACACACCAACACACCCAACCCCAGACACAGAACACGCCCUGCCACAGACCAUACCACCUCCUCCAGCAAGAACCACACUAAAGCCUCCACACAGUCACACCGCCCCAGCAGCAAGCCCAGGGAGGGGGACAGAGACCAGGCUGCCUGCACUAUCCAACGAGCCUGGAGGAGGUUCCAUGUGCGAGGCAGAUUGAGGGAGGCUUUUGGUGCUGGGAAAGGAGUGGAGCCACCUGAGGUCGCCUCCCUCCUGAUCCAGCUGCUCUGGGAUAGGGCGGCUUUCCCUGGUCACACCCCUAUUAGGACCAAGCCUGAGGCCAGAGUUCCACCCACCAAGACAGCAGCCAAGAGCUCAGUGCUGCAAAGCAUCUAUGGAGGUUCUGUGGCCCGAAGGGGGCGCUCUCUCGGGGGUUCUCAGUCUCAGAUACUGCUGGACCUGUCACUACGCACACACAGCCAGCUGAGCAGUGUGGAGUGUGUGCACCUGUGUGAUGCAGUGGGGCAGGCCAGCCAGUACUCCUACCACCUCAGACCCCACAGCGCUGGACAGGGCCGGGGGAAACACUGAUGACCACACACACACCCUGCAUGUGUCCUUCAUGGCUCAGUUGGUAGAGCAUGGUGCUUCUGAUGCUUGGGUACUGGGUUUGAUUCCCAGGACCAGCCAUAUGUAAAAUGUACAGUGGGGGAAAAAAGUAUUUGAUCCCCUGCUGAUUUUGUACGUUUGCCCACUUACAAAGAA